CGAUGAAGCUGAGAAACCAAAGGGGUGCCAGGAGGACUCUUCGCUCACGUUUGGCAUAGCAUAACAUAACUGGAAGAAUGAACCAAAGCAUUUUACUGACAUGAUCAGGUACUUCCACAUCUAUGAUAAUAUCACUCAGCAUGAAAAAGGGUCGGCUUCUAAUGUUUUGAGGACUGCAACGCAGUUGCAAGAAGCAGGAGUGAGCUUCGAGAAAGUCUUUGACAAAAGCUGGCUUGACAUAGAGUUCAAGAAACUUCCAAUCUUGAGCUGGUUUCUGUUCUUGGGUUGUAUACCAAAAUUCACAUACUUUAAAGCUCGUUUGCAAAUUCCACAAUUAAAAAUAGACAACAUAACAGAAUGUGUUCUGAGAAACCUCAUAGCCUUUGAACAGUGUCACUAUGCAGAUCAACCUUACAUCUGCAACUACGUCUCCUUCACUGACUCUCUCAUUCACACCAAAGAUGAUGUUGAUUUGCUGGUUGAAAAAGAAGUUAUUAUCCACGAACUUGGGAGCGACCAAGAAGUAGCAACUUUGGUGAAUAGUCUCUGCAAACAUGUUGCGUUGGACAAGACAUGCUAUAAAGAUAUUAUAAAUGAUCUGAAUGGACAUUACCAGAAGUUUUGGAAUCGUACAAUGGCUUUGUUGAGGUUGGUAUACUUCAGAGACACUUGGAGAGCAAGUUCUACCUUGGUUGGAAUUUCUGUCCUCGUAUUCACAAUCUUCAACUUUUGCCAAUUUGUCAGACUGGUCUUUGACCUCAAUCGAAUUAAAAGCAACACUAAUUAGUUGUGAUGUAGCAUAGAAAUGACAGUGUCGUGAUAAAAAACGUGAGAAGAUCUUCAUGGAGACUUUUCCUAGGAUUUCAUGGACGAAGUUAAUUAGUUACAGAAGAACCUUGUUUUCGUGUUUUAUUCGGAGUUUGAUGAAUAAUAUGCAAUCUUGGUAAUAUGUAUUAUUAGUCUGUAUCUGAAUGUAGAAGUUUAUGUCUUCAAUCGUCACUUACGUAAAUAAAGCAUUAAUAUUGCUACUAAAUUUCUGUGAAAUUGCCAAUAUUGACUUGGACUCUAGCUAUCAAUUAUUAUGAUAAUAGUAUCAUAUCAUGAUAUAUAUAUGUAUAUAUAUAUAUUGGAAAGUGACAUUUGACGACCUUGUAGGACCUAUAUAUAAUGAAACUUAAAGACCACUGAAACAGAAGCCUGAACGUAACUCACAUAACUCCUGUAACAAAUCUAUUGAUAACCUUGGAAUGCUCAUAUUUCUCUUUGUAACCUUCCCAGGCUAAUAAACACAUGUAAUAGCUGAAACUCCUUGUACAGCAUUUAAGUCGUUGGUUUCU